ACAAACUGUCCGCUUCUAACUUCACUUUUUCACGCCGGCUAUGUCUUUUUAAAGCAGGCGCAGGAGGUGUCGGCCGAGGAAGAAAACAAACAAAUCAUGGUUGUAGAUUAAUGCCGGAACGUCUGCUUGAACCACGCAUUUAAAAAGGAGAGACGAGGCACCAGAGGAACCCCCGGGGGAAGAGACGAGCCAAGCCGGCUCUAAGAUGCUGUUUGGCGCACUGAUAACUUUGCUGCUCGGCCUGGGUGCAGGCGUGGACGGCAGCGCGGAGUGUUCUUGUGGGAGGAACCACUUCACGUGUGCAGUCAGUGCGUUUGGCGAGUGCACCUGCAUCCCGGCUCAGUGGCAGUGCGAUGGCGACAACGACUGCGGCGACCACAGUGAUGAAGAUGGAUGCAUGCUUCCCACCUGCUCGCCGCUGGACUUCCACUGUGACAACGGCAAAUGUAUCCGCCGCUCGUGGGUGUGUGACGGAGACAACGACUGCGAGGACGACUCCGAUGAGCAGGACUGCCCUCCCAGGGAGUGCGAGGAAGAUGAGUUCCAGUGCCAAAACGGCUACUGUAUCCGGAGCCUGUGGCACUGUGACGGAGACAACGACUGCGGCGACAACAGCGAUGAGCAGUGCGACAUGCGGAAAUGUUCCGACAAGGAGUUCCGCUGUACGGACGGCAGCUGCAUCGCCGAGCAUUGGUACUGUGACGGCGACACGGACUGUAAAGACGGCUCCGAUGAGGAAAACUGCCCCUCAGAUGUGAUGGCGGCCACCUGCAGCGUGGAGGAGUUCCAGUGUGCAUAUGGCCGCUGCAUCCUGGACAUCUAUCACUGUGACGGGGACGACGACUGCGGCGACUGGUCGGACGAGUCAGACUGCUCAUCCCACCAGCCAUGCAGGUCUGUGGAGUUCAUGUGCAGCAGCGGCAUGUGCAUCAACGCAGGAUGGCGCUGUGAUGGCGAAUUCGACUGCGACGAUCAGUCCGACGAGAAGAAUUGCACUACGUCCAUGUGCACGGCAGACCAGUUUCGCUGUGGAACGGGACGGUGUGUGCGGUUGUCUUGGCGAUGCGACGGCGAAGACGACUGCUCGGACCGCAGCGAUGAAGAGGGUUGUGAGAAAUCGGAGACGUCGCCUUGCGCUCCGGACCAGUUCCAGUGUGGGAAUGGACGCUGUAUCGGUCAAAGGAAGGUGUGCAAUGAGGUCAACGACUGCGAAGACGGGACUGACGAACUCCCACAUCAUGAAUGUCGUCCUCGCUCCAGCGACGGCAACUGCAAUCAGAAUAACGGAGGUUGCUCCCAGAAGUGCCAAAUGGUCCGCGGACUGGUCCAGUGCACCUGUCACACUGGGUACCGACUGAUGGAUGACGGCCGAUCCUGCCAAGAUGUGGACGAGUGUGCCGAAGAAGGCUACUGCAGCCAAGGCUGCACCAACAUCGAAGGCGGCUUCCACUGCUGGUGUGUUCAAGGUUACGAGCUGCGGCCCGACAAGCGGAGCUGCAAGGCGCUGGGUCCAGAGCCUGUGUUGCUGUUUGCCAACCGGAUCGAUAUCCGCCAGGUUCUGCCGCACCGCUCCGAGUACACGUUGCUGCUCAACAACCUCGAAAACGCCAUCGCCCUCGACUUCCAUCACAGUCUCGAGCUGGUUUUCUGGUCCGACGUGACGCUGGACCGCAUCAUGAAGGCCAACCUCAACGGGUCUAACGUGGAGGAGGUGGUCUCCACCGGCCUGGAGAGCCCAGGUGGGCUGGCCAUCGACUGGAUCCACGACAAACUGUACUGGACCGAUUCCGGGACCUCCCGCAUCGAGGUGGCCAACUUGGACGGGACCCAGCGCAAAGUCCUACUGUGGCAGAACAUGGAGAAGCCCCGGGCCAUCGCCCUGCACCCGAUAGAGGGUAAGAUCUACUGGACCGACUGGGGCAACACACCUCGCAUUGAGUACGCCAACAUGGACGGCUCUAACCGGCGGGUGAUUGCAGACACGCACUUGUUCUGGCCCAACGGCCUGACCAUAGACUACGCGGGCCACCGCAUGUAUUGGGUCGACGCCAAGCACCACGUCAUCGAAAGGGCCGACCUGGACGGGCGCAAUCGCAAAGCUGUCAUCAACCAAGGUCUGCCUCACCCGUUUGCCAUCACCGUGUUUGAGGACAGCCUCUACUGGACUGACUGGCACACCAAGAGCAUCAACAGUGCCAACAAAUUCACGGGCAAGAACCAAGAGAUCAUCCGUAACAAGCUGCACUUUCCUAUGGACAUCCACACCUUGCACCCCCAGAGGCAACCUGAAGGAGGCAAGAACCGCUGCGGCGCCAACAAUGGAGGCUGUAGUCACCUGUGUCUCCCUAGCAACAAGACAUACACCUGUGCUUGUCCAACUGGCUUUAAGAAGGUGGACCACUACAACUGUGCUAACAGUCUUGACAAGUUCCUGCUUUUUGCCCGAAGGACGGACAUCCGACGAAUCAGCUUCGACACAGAGGACAUGUCCGAUGAUGUCAUCCCUCUGGCUGAUGUGCGCAACGCCGUGGCACUGGACUGGGACGCCAAGGACGGCUACAUCUACUGGACCGACGUCACCACGGACUCCAUCAACAGAGCCCUGUGGAAUGGCAGCAAACAGGAGUUGGUGGUGGACACCAGUCUGGAAAGUCCAGCAGGUUUGGCCAUCGACUGGGUGACCAAGAAACUCUACUGGACGGAUGCUGGUACGGAUCGUAUCGAAGUCUCUAACGCAGAUGGAAGCAUGCGAACCGUGCUUAUAUGGGAGAACCUAGACCGGCCCAGGGACAUUGUUGUUGACCCGAUUGGAGGCUUAAUGUACUGGACCGACUGGGGCGCCAACCCCAAGAUUGAACGUUCCGGGAUGGACUCUUCCGACCGUGUCGUCAUUAUAUCUUCCAACUUGACAUGGCCCAACGGACUUGCCAUUGACUAUGAGACUAAACGCUUGUACUGGGCAGACGCAGGCAUGAAGACGAUUGAAUUCGGGAACUUUGAUGGUUCCGACAGACAGGUUUUGAUUGGCACCCAGCUGCCACACCCCUUUGGUCUCACUGUACAUGAAGACAGGCUGUACUGGACCGACUGGCAGUCCAAGAGCAUCCAGAGCGCGGACAAGCUCACCGGUUCGGGACGGCAUACGCUCGCCGAAAAUCUGGAGAACCUCAUGGACAUUCAUAUGUUCCAGAGGCACCGUGAAACAGUCCACAACCCGUGUGCAGUGAAUAAUGGAGGCUGUAGCCACCUGUGUCUCCUGGCUCCUGCUCCCAAAGCUUACAGCUGUUCCUGUCCCACCGGGAUCAACCUUCAGGCAGACGGGAAAACCUGCACACCUGGAAUGAGCAGCUUCCUGAUCUUUGCACGGAGGACUGACAUCAGAAUGGUUUCUCUGGACAUCCCUUACUUUGCGGACGUGGUUCUCGCCGUCAACAGCUCCAUGAAAAACACCAUCGCUGUGGGCGUCGACCCCAAAGACGGAAAGGUGUAUUGGUCUGACAGCACACUGAAGAAAAUCAGCAGAGCCAACAUCAACGGGACGGCGGACGAGGACAUCAUAUCUACAGGGUUGAUGACCACCGACGGCUUGGCAGUGGACGCCGUGGGACGGAAGAUUUACUGGACGGACACAGGCACCAACCGGAUAGAAGUUGCCAAUCUGGACGGCUCCAUGAGGAAAGUUCUCGUGUGGCAAAACCUGGACAGCCCUCGAGCCAUCGCCCUCUACAACGAGAAGGGUUUCAUGUACUGGUCUGACUGGGGAGAACAUGCCAAGCUGGAACGUUCUGCGAUGGACGGGUCGGAUCGAGUAGUCCUCAUCAAUAACAACCUGGGCUGGCCUAAUGGUCUCGCUAUAGACGUGGCUGGAUCUCAACUAUUAUGGGCUGAUGCCCACACUGAGCGUAUCGAGGCGGCCGAUCUUAACGGCCAAAACCGCCGGACACUGGUGACUCCAGUCCAGCACCCGUACGGCUUAACCCUCCUCGGGUCCCACAUCUACUGGACUGACUGGCAGAGCCGGAGCAUCCAGCGGGCAGACAAGAAUACCGGAACCAACACCAUUACUGUACGUGCUAACUUACCGGGUCUGAUGGACAUUCAGGCCGUGGACAGAGAGAAACCUCUGGGAUUGAACAAGUGUGGCAGAAAGAACGGCGGCUGCACUCACCUCUGCCUGCCUCGUCCCAACGGUACGUCCUGCGCUUGUCCCACCGGCAUCCUGCUCAAGGGCGACGGCAGAUCGUGCGACGACUCCCCAGAGGCCUUCCUGGUCUUCUCCAACCGAGUCAGCGUGCGGAGAAUCUCCUUGGACACCGACGAUCACACCGACGUGCACGUGCCUGUGCCCGAGCUUCACAACGUCAUUUCGCUGGACUACGACAGCGUGGACGGAAAACUGUACUACACCGAUGUCACCUUGGACGUGAUAAGGCGAGCCAACCUGGAUGGCACAGGCAUGGAGACCGUAAUCAGCCAGGGUCUGAAGACCACAGAUGGGCUGGCUGUGGACUGGGUGGCCAGGAACAUGUACUGGACCGACACCGGCCGGAACACCAUCGAGGUGGCUCGUCUUGAUGGAACGGGUCGCAAAAUCCUGGUCAACAACAGUUUGGACGAACCCAGAGCCAUUGCUGUGUUCCCCAGCAAAGGAUUCCUGUUCUGGACCGACUGGGGUCAUAUCGCAAAAAUUGAGCGGUCUCACCUGGAUGGUACAGACCGGAAAGUUCUGAUCAACACCGACCUGGGCUGGCCUAAUGGACUCACAUUAGACUAUGACACGAGGAGGAUCUUUUGGGUGGACGCCCACUUGGACAGGAUCGAGAGCUCGGACCUGAGCGGGAAGCUGCGACAGAUCCUGGUCAGCCCAGUGUCCCACCCCUUCGCCCUGACCCAGUUGAAGCCGGUGUCCUCCCCUCUAACUCCUUUCUCCCGACUCUCGCAGCAAGACCGCUGGAUCUACUGGACUGAUUGGCAGACUAAGUCCAUCCAGCGGGUGGACAAGCACAACGGCCGGAACAAGGAGACGGUGCUGGCCAAUGUUGAGGGCCUCAUGGACAUUAUUGUGGUGUCACCUAAUAGGCAGACAGGGACUAAUCUCUGCGGGGUGAACAACGGAGGCUGCACUCACCUGUGCUUUGCCAAGACCAACAGUUUUGUCUGCGCCUGUCCUGAUGAACCAGACGGGCGUCCCUGCUCCACCAUUGCAGGCUACAUCCCGACUUCCCCCGCCAGAGAAGCCAGCAGCACAACCGUUCCCAAUAAAAUCCCCAAGGCUCCAACAGAACCCUCUCAAAGAGGACCGUCAGUGGUCAACUGCACUGACAAGAACCUCAAUAUCGAAGGGUGUUUGCAGAGCAACGUGGUGACAGCUCCACAUGGAGAAGGACUUCACAUCAGCUAUGUGAUAGGCGGAGUUUUGACCAUGUUGGCGAUUCUCAUCCUCAUUGCUGCUUUGAUUAUUUAUCGACAUAAAAAGUCCAAGUUUGCCGACCCAGGAGUCAGCAACCUGACCUACAGUAACCCUUCGUACCGCACGUCCACCCAAGAGGUCAAGAUCGAGGCGUCUCAGAAGCCUCCGAUAUACAAUCAGCUGCGAUACAAGAAGGAGGGCGGCGUGGACGGCGGCUACACCAAGGAGAAGAUCCGCAUCGUGGAGGGCGUGUGCCUCCUGUCCACCGAGGAGCUUUACUGGGACGACCUGAAGCAGAUCAAGCCGUCCCGGGGCGGCCUGCACGCCUGCAUGCGCACCGACACCGUCUCCCUGCAGGCCAGCAGCGCCUCGCUGGACGACGGCGAGACGGAGCAGCUCCUGCAGGAGGAGGCGUCGGAGUGCUCCUCCAUAACCACGCUCGCCCCUUCCGCCGUCACCCCGCAGCGCCACGCCCACCACGCCCUGCCCGACACCGGCUGGGCGUCCAUGCGCAAACCCUCCACCGAGAGCGAAGUGUGAGGACCGUGCUUCGUCUUCGCCCGUAUGUAUUUAGAGCUGCCGCGCACGGGAUGCUCGCGCAGAUUCCCCCAUUUAGAGUCGGCGUAGGCAACUCUUUUUUAAAAAAAAAAAUAAAAAAAGUGGGGCUCCGUCCUACUUGGUGGCAUCCACAUCCCCCUUAGUCUGCGCGCACACCAUCAACUCAUUAGCAUGCUGGAAUAAGGCAGCGAAGGACCCCCGGGAGGAAGUGGCCAGAGACACAAACGCUAAAGGAAGCGGACUCAUUUUCUCUCGCCGUGUCACUUUUUAUGCAAGCUUCUUUCCUCCCGGGCGGAAAAACGACUUCUUCCACGCCCUAAAAACCACUCAUCUCUUUACGAAAACUCUAUUUAUGAACUUUUUUUUUUUGUGUGUGAGUGUGUGUGUGUGUUUUUUUCUUCUUUUUGUACUCGCUUUUAGACUUAAACAGAGCGGCGGCGGCGGCGUGUCGAGCUUCGUGCAGCAGUUGUGUUUAUGACGGUGCCAAAGGGGCGGGGCUUCAUCCGCUAAGUCCUGGCGCUUCUUCCUGAAAACAAUGUUUUUAUCGCCGUUUUUUUUACACUUUUAUUAUCGCAAACGCCGCCUGGAAGAUUGUAUCGUUCAAACCAGUGGCUCUUUUUUUUAAUUGAAUUAUAUUUAUAUAGCGCUUUUCUCAAGUGACUCAAAGCGCUUUACAUAGUGACACCCAAUAUCUAAGUUACAUUUAAACCAGUGUGGGUGGCACUGGGAGCAGGUGGGUAAAGUGUCUUGCCCAAGGACACAACGGCAGUAACUAGGAUGGCACAAGCGGGAAUCGAACCUGCAACCCUCAAGUUGCUGGCACGGCCACUCUACCAACCGAGCUAUGCCGGUUGGUAGAGUGGCUUUCUUUUUUUUUUUCCCCACCUCAGAAAACACGUGGCUCGCCAAGCAGUAGCGUAGUAGGCAUAAGUAUUCAUCAGAAACGAGGCGGAGGUUUUAUUUGCGAUUCCAUUCGAUAUUUCAGGCCACUGACAUUACACAUAGUUUCAAUAUAGCAAGAUAAAACACUGUACUUUCAAACCAGUGGCUCUUAAGCUUUAUUUCUUUUUUUCCCCGCCUCAGAAAACACGUGGCUCGCCAAGCAGUAGCGUAGUAGGCAUAAGUAUUCAUCAGAAACGAGGCGGAGGUUUUAUUUGCGAUUCCAUUCGAUAUUUCAGGCCACUGACAUUACACAUAGUUUCAGUAUAGCAAGAUAAAACACUGUACUUUCAAACCAGUGGCUCUUAAGCUUUCUUUCUUUUUUUCCCCGCCUCAGAAAACACGUGGCUCGCCAAGCAGUAGCGUAGUAGGCAUAAGUAUUCAUCAGAAACGAGGCGGCGGUUUUAUUUGCGAUUCCAUUCGAUAUUUCAGGCCACUGACAUUACACAUAGUUUCAAUAUAGCAAGAUAAAACACUGUACUUUCACGAAGGGAUGCUUUGGCGUAUCACUGGUUUAUACCACAGGUGUCAAACUCAAGGCCCGGGGGCAAGAUCUGGGCCGCCACAUCCUUUCAUAUGGCCCGCGAACGCCUGGAAGUGACACGCAUCAAUAAAGUAAGCCCCUUAUUUUUUUUCACUAUAUGUAUUUUUUUUUUUCUCCAUUUUGACAGAAAAAUUUCCCACAUGAAAUUGCGUACCUUUUUAAAAUGUUAAUGAUAUCAAAUAUUGCAACAAACUUGGUCAACAUACAAAUACAUUUGCUUGACAAUACAUGUUAUAAUCAAACAUUUUUUUACAGCAUAUAAAUAGAAAAAGCUAACACUGUUUUUUUUUUUCUGGUAAAAUUAUGUUGACUUAGGUGCCAGUUUUUUUUUACCGUUAAAUCCGUGGUCGUUUUUGCGAUGCUUUUUUUUUUUAACGAUACUAUUUUUGGUUUUGUGUUAAAAACAGGCAGCUCAGUUGCCACAAUUUAAAAAAAACAAAAAAACAGUGGCACUGUUUUUUUCAUUUACCGUAAUAUUAUUAAAAAAAAACACAAUUUUAUAUUAAAAUUCUGUUGACUGAGUUAGCAGUUUUUCGCUGUAAAAAUGUGGGAUUGUUGCUUUUUAAGGUGUAUUACUGUAAAUGAAAACCUGGCAAAAAAACUGUGGUACUGUUUUUAUAUUUACAGUAAUAUGUUGUAAGGGACAAGCGGUGGAAAAAUGGAUGGAUUUAUAGAUGUUGUAAAACCCAGUGUAAAUUUUAAGUACAAUCCAGGACACUAAGCUGACAUUUUGUUUUAGUUUUUUUCAGAACUGUGGUACUGUUUUUCCAUUUUCUGUAAAAAAAAAACCACACACAAAAAAACACUGCAUAUUUUACAAUAACAUUUUUUUUUACUGUAAAAUCUACGGUUGUUUUUACGGUGUAUUAUUGUAAAUAGAAAUAACAGUUUUUUUCUUAAUUUUGGCAACU